UGUGGUUUGUUUAUGGUUCCUACUGUAAUAAACCAGUAAAGUGAUAAUGUAUGUGUGAUAAAUAGGGUAAAUUACCAACUUGUUUACAAAUCUAAGCAAAGUUAUAUAUUGGUUGCCAAUACAGGUAUCUUAAAGACACGAACUUUUUAAUGAUUACUGAACUGAUUUAUUUGGCAUAAAUUAAGGAAGACUACUGUCUUAUCAGAUUAUAGAUGAGGAGUUUACACCAAACAAUGCCUGCUUCUCUUACAAAUUGAAGGAACACCACCCAAAAUGUUUCUUUAAUCCCCAGGAGUACCUGUAUAUGCACACAUCAUGGAUGACACAUCACACAUCAUGCAUGAUCAUUUAUAGUUAUGAGGACAGUAACUAAAUACUUGAAAAUGUAUAAAAAAGAAUUGUAUUUUUUAAUUACAAGUGUGCAUGUUGCUUAUAUUGCCAAACCUGUGUGUGGUGAAGGGCAGGGCACUGCAACUCCUCCUGUUCUGUAACUUAGACGAGAGCAAGAAUGCAUAGUAGAUUGGGUAAGGCACAGUAAUACAUGAGAGAUAUAUAAUACUUAUACAGAGGGAGAUCCUGGUAGACAAUAACCCAGGUGCUGGGCGAAGGCUGAGGGGACCGGAACAAGAAGCAGAGGAUGAUUCAGUAUGUGAGGAGCCUGAGAUUUUAGAGAGGGAAAGACCUCGUCCUCAAGGCUCAUCCCCAGUAGAAGAAUUUCCUGUUGAAAAACAGGCUGAGGAGGAUAUCUUUGACUCAGCACACAAGAGUGGAAGCAACAAAAAAAGCAGAAAAGCUGGCUUUGGAUCUCUGUUUGACAAGCGCACAUCUGACAAAAUGAAUGAAACAGAGGACAUGCAAAGUGGUGAAUCUGAAAUGAUUGUGAAAACAGUGAAAGAAGCAUGUGUUGAGGGCUUAGUCGUGACUGGUGGAGGGAAAGAGGGGAUCUUCAUCAAAGAAGUGAAACUAGAUUCUCCUGCUUCCAAACAUCUAAGUGUGAAAGAGGGUGAUCAAAUACUAAGUGCUACAGUAUACUUUGAUAAUGUUUCAUAUGAAGAUGCGCUUCAAAUUCUUGAGCAUGCUCAGCCAUAUAAAAUGGAAUUCUGUCUAAGACGCAAAGUGGAACCAACCAUACCAGAAAAUGCUGAAAUUAUACACCCAAAGGAAAAAGACCAGGGCCCACCAAUGAUGAGAAGUCAGAGAAAGAUGAAAAAACAGCAAGAACGCAUCUCAUGGCCAAAGUUCCCAUCCUUUGGCAAGGGGUCCAGAGUGCAAUUCAAGAGAUCUCACAGCACAUCAGAAGCAGAGGAACACAGGAAAUUAGAGAUGAGCCCACCAACAAGUGACACUGAAUCUCCACUGAAAUCUCCACUGAAAUGUUCAGAUGGAAAAGACAAGAAAAAAAAGCACAAAGUUCAAAUAAAAAUGAAGAUGAAGGGCCACAGGAGCAAGUCUGUUGAGGAACCCCAGAGAAAUGAGAAGGUGUUGGUUUGGGAAAAUCAACAAGUGGAGGAUAUAUUAGAAGAAAAGGUUCCUGAAGGACAUGAGGAAAAAAUGCAAGAGAUCCCACAGGUCCUAGAUCGAGCAGAAAAUGAGGUUUAUUCCAAGACCGGGAAUGAUGAUCCAUUUCAGAGUCUGUCAGGAAUGGAACUGCAUGAGGCUCAUUUAAUUAGUUUGGGCAACACGUUAAAGACUACAGAUAUUUCAUUUGCUCUUGCACAGGGUGAAAAAAUAGAGAGUUCAGAAAUGAAAGUCAGAAUUCAUCAGAAGGAGAGACCUGAUAUUGGAACAGAAAACCAAGCAGAAACUACCGAAGCUUUGUACACAAUUCCAGAUCCAUCAGCCUGUGACAAUGUUAUGUUAUCACAGGCAGAGGUAGAAAUAUCUCAACUUGACACUGACCUCAACAGACAGGGAAAAGGAGAAGAUAGUUCAGAGGAGAAAAUUAAAUCUGGAAAUGCAGAACUUAGCAUGCCACAUUUAGAUAUUUGUGUAGAAGUAACAAAAAAAUCUCCAAGGAUUGGUGAUGAUAAGCAAUGGAAGGAGAGAUCCGUGUUUGAAAAUGAGAGUUAUGGGUUUCGAACCAGAGGUCCAUUGGCAGACAUGGCCACAUCAAAGACCCACUUUGUGAACACAGCAAAUGGACUUCAGUUCAUUUCACCAGAUUUUUCUGAGUUAACGCAAGUGGGGAAAAUGUCUGAUGGCAUCAGUGAUGCAAAGAAACCAACUGUUAUUUUCCAACCAAAACCUGGUAGUACUGCUUUUGCUGUAGACAAAGAAGAUUCACCUCUAGAAAUCAAAACUUCCAAGUUACCAACAGAAACUACAGAAAGAUCAGCAUCAAAGUUUAAAUUGCCAAAGGUAGAUCACUCUGGAUUUGUAACCCAUGAACUAAUCAAAAUGACAGAAGUGGAAAAAAAUAGGACCCAUCUACCAAAACGAGAAGAUAUUGAAAUUCCAGGGAUGGAAAAUGAAGAAACAAAACCUAGUCUUCAGACACCUGAAAUUAAGGUUCCAAAAAUUGUGAGAGUUACAAAUAAUGCAAAGGAGAGAGAAAUCCAGGAUCUACAAACAGAUGAAGAGUUCAAUGUUGAGGAUGUUAAAGUGGCUGUUUCCAAAUUCCCUGCUUUUAAACUGCCUGAGGGGGACAUAACAGGUGUUCUUGUGCAAAGAGAAAUUACAAUUAUGGAACUGAAGUCAGAUAAGUCUGUGUUGACCCCUAGGGGAUCUCCACAUAAAAUAUCCAUCACAAGUACAGACAGUAGCACUAGUAUCCCUAAAAGUAAAGUAGGUGAAGAAAAGUCACCAGCUUCUGAUACUGUAGAUAAGGACACAGCAAUCAAGAUGCCAAAAAUUGAGCUACCUUAUAUUGAUGACCAAACAUCAGUGGCUGUGAUGAAAAUAGACUACACACAGCCACAGGUAACAGAUUAUGGGAGAUUUGGAGAUAUAAACUUCAAACUGCCAAAGCGGGAAGAUAUUGAAAUACCAGGGAUGGAAGCCAUAACGGAAUCAAAACUACAGAACACAGUAAUCAAAGCAGUCAGUGAUGCAGACAUUGACCAAGCUGAACAGCCAACUAAAAAAUACGGUGACAAAAAAGGUCAUGAAAAGAAAUCAAAGAAAUCAAAAAUAACCCUCCAAGGAUUUGAGAUCACUAAACCUGAUAUUCAGUCUCCCGAUAUUAGUACUGAAUUACCAAAGAAGGAUUCCUCUAAAAUGGAUACUGGAGAAACAAAGAUCCAUGAAAAACACAAAUUCAAAACCCCCAAAAUAGGGGAAGUUGAGAAUAUAGAUGUUCCAGUACAGAAAACUAAGAUUUUAGAAGAUAAUAUGGAUAAUAUGGACUUGCCACAAAAAACAGAAACAAAGUUUGGCAAAACAAAAUUUAAAAUUCCCUCAAUCACCUUGCCAGAAUUUGGAACUAAAGUUCCAAGGGAAGCAGUAGAUAUCUCUGCUGUGGAUGUACAAGUGAAAGAAGCUCAAAUAAUUUUACCAGAGGAUAAAUUAAAAUUAUCAGCUGAGCCAUUAUUAUCUGACUUAGAUGGCACUGAUGUAAAUAAAGAUGGACAGUCUGUCAAUGUGUAUGACAGAGCUCAGGAUAAUGAAACUGAAGGGCAAGGGAAGAAGUUCAAACUGCCAAAAUUUGAGAUCAGUUUUCCAGAAGUGAAAGCACCAAGAAUUAUUUGUACAUCAAAGAAAGAUGACGACAGUUCUGUAUCAGAGAAAAGUGGUGAAAUGCCAGUAGUGCAUUCACCUAAAGCUGAACUACCAGAUGUAAAACCCGAAGUGAGCGCAGAUCUACCAGAAGUAGAUUCUGAAAUAACUGACGUGAAAAUUAGAAGGCCAGGGUUUUCAUUUCCCAGGUUUGGGAUAUCUAAAUCAGAACAUACAGCCCCAGCAGCUGAUACAAAUCUCAAAAAUGUUGAUGUGUCUUUACCAGAGGGACAUACAGAAAUGGAGGAUCCAAAAACAAAUAUAGUAAUAUCAGUGAAAGAUGGUAAGCAAAAGGAUACAACAAAGUUUGUUUCUCCAACAAAGUUCAAAAUUCCAUCAAUCAAGUUCCCAAAUUUUGGAGCUAAAGUUACAAAGGCAGCAAUGGAGACCUCUGAUGUGGAUGUUGAUGUUAAAGGAGCUGAGAUAAGUCUGCCAGAUACAGAGUUAAAAUUAUCUGCUGAGCCGAUUUUAGUUGAUAUAAAAGAGCCUGAUGUAGACAAACAAAAGAAAUCUGCCAGUAUAGAAUUUAUUAAUUUGGACAUCCAAAAUGAGGCACAAGGGAGUAAAUUGAAAUUGCCAAAAUUUGGAAUCAGCCUUCCUGAAAUAAAAGGACCAAAAAUAGAUAUAAGUUCAGACCAAGCAGAGAUUGACAUUUCUGUACCAAAGGGGAAAGUACAGGUGAAGCCACCUGAUAUUGAAGUGCAAGCUGGAACACCUGAAGUGCAAUUAGACCUGCCAGUGGACUUGGACAAAGUUAACAUUCCAAAGACAAGAGAGGUCUCUGAUGUGGAUCUAGAUGUUAAAGGACCUGAACUAAGUGUACCAGAUGCAGAGAUAAAAUUGUCAGCUGAGCCACUCAAAGUGGAUAUAAAAGGGCCUGAUGCAGACAAAGAAAUGAAAUCUCUCAGUACAGAAAUGAAAGAUCAGGAUAUCCAAAUUAAGGAGCAAGGAACUAAAUUCAAAUUGCCAAAAUUUGGAAUCAGCCUUCCUGAAGUAAAAGGGCCAAAAAUAGAUGUAAGUUCAGACAAGGAAGAGAUUGAUAUUUCUGUACCAGAGGCAAAGGUAGAAGUGCAUCCACCCGAUGUUGAAGUCCAAGAAUUAACAGCUGAAAUAAAAGCUGAACUGCCAGAAGUAGAUUCUAAAGAUAUUGAAGUGAAAAUGAAGACAGCAGGCUUUUCGUUUCCUAGAAUUGGAUUUAGUAAGUCAGAAGUUAAGGCUCCCGAAGGUGAUGUGAGUCUCCCAGAUGUUGAUGUGUCUUUGCCUGAAGGAAGUCUAGAAAUGGAAAGACCAACCACGGAGGUUACAAUACCAGUGGAAGAUGCAGAACAAAAAGGUCGGUCAAAGUUUGGUUCUCCAACAAAGUUUAAAUUGCCUUCAUUCAACUUUCCAAAGUUUGGAACUAAAGGUCCAAAAGCGUCAGUAGAGGUCUCUGGUGUGGAUGUAGAUGUUAAAGGACCUGAACUAAGUGUACCAGAUGCAGAGAUGAAAUUGUCAGCUGAGCCACUCAAAGUGGAUAUAAAAGGGCCUGAUGCAGACAAAGAAAUGAAAUCUCUCAGUACAGAAAUGAAAGAUCAGGAUAUUCAAAUUAAGGAACAAGUAAGUAAAUUCAGAAUGCCAAAAUUUGGAAUCAGCCUUCCUGAAGUAAAAGGGCCAAAAAUAGAUGUAAGUUCAGACAAGGAAGAGAUUGAUAUUUCUGUACCAGAGGCAAAAGUAGAAGUGCAUCCACCCGGUGUUGAAGUCCAAGAAUUAACAGCUGAAAUAAAAGCUGACCUGCCAGAAGUAGAUUCUAAAGAUAUUGAAGUGAAAAUGAAGACACCGGGCUUUUCGUUUCCUAGAAUUGGAUUUAGUAAGUCAGAAGUUAAGGCUCCCGAAGGUGAUGUGAGUCUCCCAGAUGUUGAUGUGUCUUUGCCUGAAGGAAGUCUAGAAAUGGAAAGACCAACCACGGAGGUUACAAUACCAGUGGAAGAUGCAGAACAAAAAGGUCGGUCAAAGUUUGGUUCUCCAACAAAGUUUAAAUUGCCUUCAAUCAACUUACCAAACUUUGGAACUAAAGGUCCAAAAGCAUCAGUAGAGGUCUCUGGUGUGGAUGUAGAUGUUAAAGGACCUGAACUAAGUCUACCAGAUGCAGAGAUGAAAUUGUCAGCUGAGCCACUCAAAGUGGAUAUAAAAGGGCCUGAUGCAGACAAAGAAAUGAAAUCUCUCAGUACAGAAAUGAAAGAUCAGGAUAUCCAAAUUAAGGAACAAGGAAGUAAAUUCAAAAUGCCAAAAUUUGGAAUCAGCCUUCCUGAAGUAAAAGGGCCAAAAAUAGAUGUAAGUUCAGACAAGGCAGAGAUUGAUAUUUCUGUACCAGAGGCAAAAGUAGAAGUGCAUCCACCCGAUGUUGAAGUCCAAGAAUUAACAGCUGAAAUAAAAGCUGACCUGCCAGAAGUAGAUUCUAAAGAUAUUGAAGUGAAAAUGAAGACACCGGGCUUUUCGUUUCCUAGAAUUGGAUUUAGUAAGUCAGAAGUUAAGGCUCCCGAAGGUGAUGUGAGUCUCCCAGAUGUUGAUGUGUCUUUGCCUGAAGGAAGUCUAGAAAUGGAAAGACCAACCACAGAUGUUACAAUACCAGUGGAAGAUGCAGAACAAAAAGGUCGGUCAAAGUUUGGUUCUCCAACAAAGUUUAAAUUGCCUUCAAUCAACUUUCCAAAGUUUGGAACUAAAGGUCCAAAAGCGUCAGUAGAGGUCUCUGGUGUGGAUGUAGAUGUUAAAGGACCUGAACUAAGUGUACCAGAUGCAGAGAUGAAAUUGUCAGCUGAGCCACUCAAAGUGGAUAUAAAAGGGCCUGAUGCAGACAAAGAAAUGAAAUCUCUCAGCACAGAAAUGAAAGAUCAGGAUAUCCAAAUUAAGGAACAAGGAAGUAAAUUCAAAAUGCCAAAAUUUGGAAUCAGCCUUCCUGAAGUAAAAGGGCCAAAAAUAGAUGUAAGUUCAGACAAGGCAGAGAUUGAUAUUUCUGUACCAGAGGCAAAAGUAGAAGUGCAUCCACCCGAUGUUGAAGUCCAAGAAUUAACAGCUGAAAUAAAAGCUGACCUGCCAGAAGUAGAUUCUAAAGAUAUUGAAGUGAAAAUGAAGACAGCAGGCUUUUCGUUUCCUAGAAUUGGAUUUAGUAAGUCAGAAGUUAAGGCUCCCGAAGGUGAUGUGAGUCUCCCAGAUGUUGAUGUGUCUUUGCCUGAAGGAAGUCUAGAAAUGGAAAGACCAACCACAGAUGUUACAAUACCAGUGGAAGAUGCAGAGCAAAAAGGUCGGUCAAAGUUUGGUUCUCCAACAAAGUUUAAAUUGCCUUCAAUCAACUUUCCAAAGUUUGGAACUAAAGGUCCAAAAGCGUCAGUAGAGGUCUCUGGUGUGGAUGUAGAUGUUAAAGGACCUGAACUAAGUGUACCAGAUGCAGAGAUGAAAUUGUCAGCUGAGCCACUCAAAGUGGAUAUAAAAGGGCCUGAUGCAGACAAAGAAAUGAAAUCUCUCAGCACAGAAAUGAAAGAUCAGGAUAUCCAAAUUAAGGAACAAGGAAGUAAAUUCAAAAUGCCAAAAUUUGGAAUCAGCCUUCCUGAAGUAAAAGGGCCAAAAAUAGAUGUAAGUUCAGACAAGGCAGAGAUUGAUAUUUCUGUACCAGAGGCAAAAGUAGAAGUGCAUCCACCCGAUGUUGAAGUCCAAGAAUUAACAGCUGAAAUAAAAGCUGACCUGCCAGAAGUAGAUUCUAAAGAUAUUGAAGUGAAAAUGAAGACAGCAGGCUUUUCGUUUCCUAGAAUUGGAUUUAGUAAGUCAGAAGUUAAGGCUCCCGAAGGUGAUGUGAGUCUCCCAGAUGUUGAUGUGUCUUUGCCUGAAGGAAGUCUAGAAAUGGAAAGACCAACCACAGAUGUUACAAUACCAGUGGAAGAUGCAGAGCAAAAAGGUCGGUCAAAGUUUGGUUCUCCAACAAAGUUUAAAUUGCCUUCAAUCAACUUUCCAAAGUUUGGAACUAAAGGUCCAAAAGCGUCAGUAGAGGUCUCUGGUGUGGAUGUAGAUGUUAAAGGACCUGAACUAAGUGUACCAGAUGCAGAGAUAAAAUUGUCAGCUGAGCCACUCAAAGUGGAUAUAAAAGGGCCUGAUGCAGACAAAGAAAUGAAAUUUCUCAGUACAGAAAUGAAAGAUCAGGAUAUCCAAAUUAAGGAACAAGGAAGUAAAUUCAAAAUGCCAAAAUUUGGAAUCAGCCUUCCUGAAGUAAAAGGGCCAAAAAUAGAUGUAAGUUCAGACAAGGCAGAGAUUGAUAUUUCUGUACCAGAGGCAAAAGUAGAAGUGCAUCCACCCGAUGUUGAAGUCCAAGAAUUAACAGCUGAAAUAAAAGCUGACCUGCCAGAAGUAGAUUCUAAAGAUAUUGAAGUGAAAAUGAAGACAGCAGGCUUUUCGUUUCCUAGAAUUGGAUUUAGUAAGUCAGAAGUUAAGGCUCCCGAAGGUGAUGUGAGUCUCCCAGAUGUUGAUGUGUCUUUGCCUGAAGGAAGUCUAGAAAUGGAAAGACCAACCACAGAUGUUACAAUACCAGUGGAAGAUGCAGAGCAAAAAGGUCGGUCAAAGUUUGGUUCUCCAACAAAGUUUAAAUUGCCUUCAAUCAACUUUCCAAAGUUUGGAACUAAAGGUCCAAAAGCGUCAGUAGAGGUCUCUGGUGUGGAUGUAGAUGUUAAAGGACCUGAACUAAGUGUACCAGAUGCAGAGAUGAAAUUGUCAGCUGAGCCACUCAAAGUGGAUAUAAAAGGGCCUGAUGCAGACAAAGAAAUGAAAUCUCUCAGCACAGAAAUGAAAGAUCAGGAUAUCCAAAUUAAGGAACAAGGAAGUAAAUUCAAAAUGCCAAAAUUUGGAAUCAGCCUUCCUGAAGUAAAAGGGCCAAAAAUAGAUGUAAGUUCAGACAAGGCAGAGAUUGAUAUUUCUGUACCAGAGGCAAAAGUAGAAGUGCAUCCACCCGAUGUUGAAGUCCAAGAAUUAACAGCUGAAAUAAAAGCUGACCUGCCAGAAGUAGAUUCUAAAGAUAUUGAAGUGAAAAUGAAGACAGCAGGCUUUUCGUUUCCUAGAAUUGGAUUUAGUAAGUCAGAAGUUAAGGCUCCCGAAGGUGAUGUGAGUCUCCCAGAUGUUGAUGUGUCUUUGCCUGAAGGAAGUCUAGAAAUGGAAAGACCAACCACAGAUGUUACAAUACCAGUGGAAGAUGCAGAGCAAAAAGGUCGGUCAAAGUUUGGUUCUCCAACAAAGUUUAAAUUGCCUUCAAUCAACUUUCCAAAGUUUGGAACUAAAGGUCCAAAAGCGUCAGUAGAGGUCUCUGGUGUGGAUGUAGAUGUUAAAGGACCUGAACUAAGUGUACCAGAUGCAGAGAUGAAAUUGUCAGCUGAGCCACUCAAAGUGGAUAUAAAAGGGCCUGAUGCAGACAAAGAAAUGAAAUCUCUCAGCACAGAAAUGAAAGAUCAGGAUAUCCAAAUUAAGGAACAAGGAAGUAAAUUCAAAAUGCCAAAAUUUGGAAUCAGCCUUCCUGAAGUAAAAGGGCCAAAAAUAGAUGUAAGUUCAGACAAGGCAGAGAUUGAUAUUUCUGUACCAGAGGCAAAAGUAGAAGUGCAUCCACCCGAUGUUGAAGUCCAAGAAUUAACAGCUGAAAUAAAAGCUGACCUGCCAGAAGUAGAUUCUAAAGAUAUUGAAGUGAAAAUGAAGACACCAGGCUUUUCGUUUCCUAGAAUUGGAUUUAGUAAGUCAGAAGUUAAGGCUCCCGAAGGUGAUGUGAGUCUCCCAGAUGUUGAUGUGUCUUUGCCUGAAGGAAGUCUAGAAAUGGAAAGACCAACCACAGAUGUUACAAUACCAGUGGAAGAUGCAGAACAAAAAGGUCGGUCAAAGUUUGGUUCUCCAACAAAGUUUAAAUUGCCUUCAAUCAACUUUCCAAAGUUUGGAACUAAAGGUCCAAAAGCGUCAGUAGAGGUCUCUGGUGUGGAUGUAGAUGUUAAAGGACCUGAACUAAGUGUACCAGAUGCAGAGAUGAAAUUGUCAGCUGAGCCACUCAAAGUGGAUAUAAAAGGGCCUGAUGCAGACAAAGAAAUGAAAUCUCUCAGUACAGAAAUGAAAGAUCAGGAUAUCCAAAUUAAAGAACAAGGAAGUAAAUUCAAAAUGCCAAAAUUUGGAAUCAGCCUUCCUGAAGUAAAAGGGCCAAAAAUAGAUGUAAGUUCAGACAAGGCAGAGAUUGAUAUUUCUGUACCAGAGGCAAAAGUAGAAGUGCAUCCACCUGAUGUUGAAGUCCAAGAAUUAACAGCUGAAAUUAAAGCUGACCUGCCAGAAGUAGAUUCUAAAGAUAUUGAAGUGAAAAUGAAGACACCAGGCUUUUCGUUUCCUAGAAUUGGAUUUAGUAAGUCAGAAGUUAAGGCUCCCGAAGGUGAUGUGAGUCUCCCAGAUGUUGAUGCCUGUUUACCUGAAGGAAGUCUAGAAAUGGAAAGACCAACUACAGAUGUUACAAUACCAGUGGAAGAUGCAGAACAAAAAGAUCGGUCAAAGUUUGGUUCUCCAACAAAGUUUAAAUUGCCUUCAAUCAACUUUCCAAAGUUUGGAACCAAAGGUCCAAAAGCGUCAGUAGAGGUCUCUGGUGUGGAUGUAGAUGUUAAAGGACCUGAACUAAGUGUACCAGAUGCAGAGAUAAAAUUGUCAGCUGAGCCACUCAAAGUGGAUAUAAAAGGGCCUGAUGCAGACAAAGAAAUGAAAUCUCUCAGUACAGAAAUGAAAGAUCAGGAUAUCCAAAUUAAAGAACAAGGAAGUAAAUUCAAAUUGCCAAAAUUUGGUAUCACCCUUCCUGAAGUAAAAGGGCCAAAAAUAGAUGUAAGUUCAGACAAGGAAGAGAUUGAUAUUUCUGUACCAGAGGCAAAAGUAGAAGUGCAUCCACCUGAUGUUGAAGUCCAAGAAUUAACAGCUGAAAUUAAAGCUGACCUGCCAGAAGUAGAUUCUAAAGGUAUUGAAGUGAAAAUGAAGACAGCAGGCUUUUCGUUUCCUAGAAUUGGAUUUAGUAAGUCAGAAGUUAAGGCUCCCGAAGGUGAUGUGAGUCUCCCAGAUGUUGAUGUGUCUUUGCCUGAAGGAAGUCUAGAAAUGGAAAGACCAACCACGGAGGUUACAAUACCAGUGGAAGAUGCAGAACAAAAAGGUCGGUCAAAGUUUGGUUCUCCAACAAAGUUUAAAUUGCCUUCAUUCAACUUUCCAAAGUUUGGAACUAAAGGUCCAAAAGCAUCAGUAGAGGUCUCUGGUGUGGAUGUAGAUGUUAAAGGACCUGAACUAAGUGUACCAGAUGCAGAGAUAAAAUUGUCAGCUGAGCCACUCAAAGUGGAUAUAAAAGGGCCUGAUGCAGACAAAGAAAUGAAAUUUCUCAGUACAGAAAUGAAAGAUCAGGAUAUCCAAAUUAAGGAACAAGGAAGUAAAUUCAAAAUGCCAAAAUUUGGAAUCAGCCUUCCUGAAGUAAAAGGGCCAAAAAUAGAUGUAAGUUCAGACAAGGCAGAGAUUGAUAUUUCUGUACCAGAGGCAAAAGUAGAAGUGCAUCCACCCGAUGUUGAAGUCCAAGAAUUAACAGCUGAAAUAAAAGCUGACCUGCCAGAAGUAGAUUCUAAAGAUAUUGAAGUGAAAAUGAAGACACCGGGCUUUUCGUUUCCUAGAAUUGGAUUUAGUAAGUCAGAAGUUAAGGCUCCCGAAGGUGAUGUGAGUCUCCCAGAUGUUGAUGUGUCUUUGCCUGAAGGAAGUCUAGAAAUGGAAAGACCAACCACAGAUGUUACAAUACCAGUGGAAGAUGCAGAACAAAAAGGUCGGUCAAAGUUUGGUUCUCCAACAAAGUUUAAAUUGCCUUCAAUCAACUUUCCAAAGUUUGGAACUAAAGGUCCAAAAGCAUCAGUAGAGGUCUCUGGUGUGGAUGUAGAUGUUAAAGGACCUGAACUAAGUGUACCAGAUGCAGAGAUGAAAUUGUCAGCUGAGCCACUCAAAGUGGAUAUAAAAGGGCCUGAUGCAGACAAAGAAAUGAAAUCUCUCAGUACAGAAAUGAAAGAUCAGGAUAUCCAAAUUAAAGAACAAGGAAGUAAAUUCAAAUUGCCAAAAUUUGGAAUCAGCCUUCCUGAAAUAAAGGGACCAAAAUUUGAUGUAAGUUCAGACAAGGCAGAGAUUGAUAUUUCUGUACCAGAAGCAAAAGUAGAAGUGCAUCCACCUAAUGUUGAAGUGCAAGGUGUGACAGUUGAAAUAAAAGCUGACCUGCCAGAAGUAGAUUCUAAAGAUAUUGAAGUGAAAAUGAAGAGACCUAAAUUGUCUUUUCCCAAAUUUAGUAAAUCAGACAGUAAGGCUCCAGCAAGUGAUCGGAGUCUCCAAACUGCUGAUGUUUCUUUGCCAGAGGAAAGUAUCAAAAUAGAAGAGCCAACUACAGACAUUAUAGAGUCAAUGGAAGUUGCUAGACAAAAAGAUCCAACAAUGUCUAGUUCACAAGCAAAGUUAAAACUUCCCUCAGUAAAAUUCCCAAAAUUUGGAGUUAAAGUUCGAAAGGAGACUGUUGACAUAUCUUCUAUGGGGACAGAUGUUAAGGGACCUGAAAUAAGUUUAAAAGAUGCAGAUUUGUCGGUUAAGCCACUCUCAGUGGAUAUAAAAGGACACGAUGUAAACAAAGAUGAAAAUUUUGGAAUUGCACACCCCAAAGUUAAAGGCCCAGAAGAGAAAAUACAGUCUCUUAAUGUUAAAGUUACGAAUGUGGAAAUAACCAGUGAAGUAGCCUUACCAGAAUUAGACUCCCAAGUGGGAAAAUGUGGAGAUGAGAAUACAGCUGUAAAUGCUCUAGAUGAACCACAGCAAAAACAAGCAGUCAAGACAUCCUCCAAAUUCAUAUUGCCAACACUUGGUGAAGUUUUCAGUGGCUUUGAAGUUGAAUUUAAUGUACCUAAAUUUGAUGAAAUUGACGAGGCAAAGAAAGUAUCUUCCCAAUUAUCCAAAAAAGCUGAACACACCCCACAGAGUUUCAUAAAUGAAAAUGAGUCCAAGAAAAGUUUCUCAAGAGACAAUGAUGAGGACAAUGUCAGUCCUACUUUGUCACUGAGUUCAUCUGAUGCUUUUGCUGAUGUAAGUUCUGCACUUACAACUGAACAGAUUGGCCUGUCGCUGGCCAGCCCUACAAAGGUCAAAGUAAAAUAUUCUGAACCCACUGCUAAUGCUGAAGUGAGUGACAUACAUGGUGAUAUUAUUACUUCAACAGCCAGGACUGGACUAAUAUUCAUGGAGCCUCAUCAGCCAGAGAAAGUGAACAUUCCAUUCUCUUCUGAAACAUCCUCUUCUUCGGUGGAUACUCUGAAACAAAUGUCAGGACACAUAGUUGUGUCAAGUGUGCAAAGUGUUUCUAAAACAGAACAUGCUGCAAUCCACACUAAAUUAUAUACACAAGAUACUCAAACAUUGCCUCCAGAAAAAGUAGCUGACUCAAUGUUGUCAGUUGAGGAAACAAUAAUGCAAAAGGGACAUACUAUAGUGGAGAAGCAUGUUGUAAAGGAAAUCUUUGGUGAUGACAAAGAGAAAAUAUUUGUGACACAGAGAAUACAGGUUUUUGAAGGAGACUCUACUGAGCCUAUGUCUGAUGACACAGCAUCCUCAAUUCAAAAGUUAAGAAACACUGUACACACUGAAAAAAUUAGAUUUUUUGAGGGGGCAGAGUCAAGUAAAACAAUUAUAAUGAGCACUGACACAUUACUAAGGCAUGCAGAUUCCUCUACAGAUGAGAAUGAGGGAAAAUGAUUUCAGCUCACACUUUAUUAGAAGUAGAAUGAUGGCUGUGUAAACCAGAUAAAUCAGUGUGGUCUCACAAAUUCUACACAUUUUCUGUAAGCUUGGGUUGUAUAAAUUGGUAUUAUGCUUCAGAAUGCAUUUUUAUUACUUGUGUAACCAAAUGUGUUGUGUGAACAUAAUAUAAGUUAGGGCUAGCACCAAAACCUAUUUAAUAACAUCAUUAAAUAUGGCUAGCUAAUAAUGCUUAGAAUACUCAGUAUAGAGAAACAUGGGCAUUGAGCACCCAUUACAGUAAAAUUAUUCUCUCCCGAAAUUGUUUACAGCACCCUCUUGGUCAUAUACAAGUAAAUGUAACUGUCUCACAUUUAUCGAUGUUCAUGGAAAAAUAUAUAAUAUAUGUGACUACUGAAAAGUAAUAAUAGUAUAAUAUUUUUUUGCAGAAAUCUCAUUGGCAUGUAAUUAUUGUAUUGCCAUGAAUUAUAAUCAUAGUUAAAUUUAAGCUUCUAAGAUUUUGCAGCUCUGUGAAGGGAAAGUACAUUUUUAAAAAAUGUUCAGCCAAGCUCCCUUUCAUGUCCUACACUAUUGUAAAACACAAUAUAUUUACAUCUAAUUGAAUUACUGUAUUUACAUACAAACAUAUGCCACAAUAAAUCUUGUAAAAUAAAAAUGGUUAUCUAAUUCUUGAAUAUUCCUGAUAUAUUUUUAUGGAAAACCCAGAGACUUUGGGGGAAAUUUAUGCUCUCAUUCUCAGGAAUACAGCUGAAUACAGCUGUGGUAAUACAAAGCCACCAAAUUAUAAUUUGUUAUUUAUUUGCUACUCAAAUCUACUGUCUGACAAUUCCUAUAUUUAACAUUAAUAAAGUCACAGUUAUACUAUUAUAAUUAAUCAAACCUUACUUCAUCUGAAACCCUUGUAGUCUAUAUAAGUUCUGUAGCAAAUACACUAUAUGGCCAAGCAUAUGUGGACACCUGACCAUCACACCCAUAUAGUCAGGCCCAUAAGAAUUUGGACAGUGACACAAUUUUCACAAUUUUGCCUCUGUACAACACCACAAUGGAUUUGAAGUGAAGCAUGUGAUUGAAGUGUAGACUUUCAGCUUUAAUUCAAGGGUUUUAACAAAAAAUUGCAUUAACCGUUCACAAAUUACAGCUUUUUUUUAACAUAGUCCUCCAUUUUCACAGACUCAAAAGUAAUUGGACAACAAAUAUAAUUAUAAAUAUGAGGAUUAUUUUUAAUACUUGGACGCAAAUCAUUUGCAGUCAACGACUGCGUGAAGUCUGAAACCCAUGGACAUCACCAAAUACUGAGUUUCCUCCCUUGAGAGUUUCCUCCCUGCUUUGCCAGGCA